GCUGAGCGGUGGCGGGAAGUUUUCGGGGCUCUGCAUUGUAAGGAUUCCGGAAGGGCCCCGUUACCUGCUGUCCUCCGAGGAUCCCGUUCUGGAGCUCAGGCGCCAUGGAUAACUUCCAGAAGGUGGAGAAGAUCGGGGAGGGCACCUACGGGGUGGUGUACAAAGCUCGGAACCGGGAGACCGGGCAGGUGGUGGCGCUGAAAAAGAUCCGCCUGGACACGGAGACAGAAGGAGUACCGAGCACGGCCAUCAGGGAAAUCUCACUCCUCAAGGAACUGAACCAUCCCAACAUAGUCAAGCUUCUGGACGUCAUUCACACAGAGAACAAGCUUUAUCUGGUCUUUGAGUUUCUUAACCAAGAUCUGAAGAAAUUUAUGGACGGCUCCAAUAUUACAGGGAUCCCACUGGCUCUUGUAAAAAGUUAUAUGUUCCAGCUUCUGCAAGGUUUGGCAUUCUGCCACUCACAUCGCGUUUUGCAUCGUGACUUAAAGCCGCAAAACUUACUUAUUAACUCUGAUGGAGCUAUCAAGCUUGCAGACUUUGGGCUGGCUCGAGCGUUUGGUGUGCCAGUCAGAACUUAUACACAUGAGGUGGUCACACUUUGGUACAGAGCUCCAGAAAUUCUCCUUGGCUGUAAGUACUACUCCACGGCCGUGGAUAUUUGGAGCCUCGGCUGCAUCUUUGCAGAAAUGAUAACGCGAAGGGCUCUGUUCCCGGGAGACUCAGAGAUUGAUCAACUGUUCCGUAUUUUCCGAACCCUGGGAACGCCUGAUGAGAAUACGUGGCCAGGAGUUACUUCCAUGCCAGACUACAAGUCCACGUUCCCAAAGUGGGCUCGGCAAGACUUUAGCAAAGUGGUACCACCGCUGGAUGAAGAUGGUAGAGAUCUUUUGGCUCAAAUGCUCCAGUAUGAUUCUAACAAGAGGAUCUCUGCGAAGGCUGCCCUAACUCACGCCUUCUUCCGUGAAGUCAGCAGGCCACUUCCACAUCUCAACUAGCCUGGUUCUGAGAAGAUUGUCUAUCGAAUGAGUAAUGGCGCAGCAGAGCAAUGUAAAAUAGGACUUCGAGAGUUAAAAUACAUAUAUCGUGCUUACUAUUUAUUACCAUGGCAUUUAAUGUGCCAUCCAGACAAAACCGUUUUUAAAAAUGGCCCUUUUACAGAUGUUUGUUUUGAUUUAAAUCCUGUUUAUAGAUCAAAUUUGUUUGAGGUUUUUAUGUUUAGAAAUUUGGAUGUUCAUGUGUAAGUGUGAUGUUCUUAAUAAGGUCAAUGGAGCUUAAAGCUGCCCUGAACAAUGUCUGCUUGGGAAACAAGGUCUCCAUUCUGCGCAUUGGGUUUCUUGCACUGAGGAUGAACUGGGCCAAAUGUUUGGGAUUUUUCUCGUGGAGUAUGAGCAGAAACCUUUUCUUCCAGAUGAACUCGCUCAGUGUUUUUUACAUCUAUAUUUGUGGAUGUCUGAGCCGGGACCUAGCAAUGAUCAGCAUCACUUUCUAAUUAACCUGUUUUGUGCAGCAAGGACACUCCACCAGUUGCAGCCUUAACGUUUAUGCAGAACUUUCUUUCCCACGUUCAGUGCACAGAUUUUAAAAGAUUGUGCCAACCUCAAGUCUGCACCUUGUCUAUGGAUGAAACUAUUUUUAUGUAUUACUUUUUAAAGUAGAAUGUUUGUUUUUAGUAUGUAUUUUCCUGUUAAAUUAGUUAAUU